AUGUCAUCGGGACUGGUGAAGGACCUCUCCCUGGGCAAUACCGUGGUGGGCUUGCUAAAAGUCGACUACGGUAACAAGGCUACGGUAGUGAUUAACGGCUCCCUGACGCCCUCCCAGACAUCCAGAGCACCCGUUUCGGUGGCCCUGGACGGUACCAGCAAGUGCGUCCCGCCCUUCGCUCUAAUCAUGGUGGACCCGGACGCUCCCAGCCGCAACGCAGCGAAGCAACGCAGCUGGAUGCACUGGAUGGUGAUCAACGCCAAUAGCGCAACGGAGCUACACAAGGGCGAACAGUUGAUGCCGUACGCAGGGCCCACUCCGCCCCCUGGAACGGGGCAGCAUCGAUACGUGUUUCUGGCCUACUGUCAGGGUGGCAAAACCGUGAACGGCGCUAAUCUGAAGCCCGCGCAAAGAAACAAGUUCGACGUGGACGACUUUGAAAAGAAGCUGGGUGUUGUGGUGCCCUUCGGGGGCACCUUCUUUUACGCCGAAAGCGCCUGA